AUGGAGGAAAAGCAUCAGCCAUCAGCCAUAUUGCCAACAGAGAACUCGGGCAUUGUCGAAGCGCCAGUCGCAACAAGCGGAUCUUCCAUCUCAACCACUGCAGCUGCCACAACUUCAAAGGGCAACGAUGAUCUGCAGCAUUCAUCGUCUUCAGUAACGACCGAGAAGCCGGACUUGGAGCAGAAUGAGCCCAAGGGCCUGGACGGAGAUGCAGAAAAAAAACAAUCAAAAAAGGAGAAGGUGGGCCGCGUGUUGACAUUCAUUGGGCUCCAAGUGGCCCUGUUUUUGGCUGCCUUGGACAAUACCAUUGUAGCUACUGCAUUGCCCAAGAUUGGGUCUGAUUUCAACCAAAUGUCCAUUGUGGCAUGGGUUGCUACAGCCUACAUUUUGACAUUUGACGCAUUUCAACCUCUAUUUUCAAAGUUUUCCGACAUUUUCGGUCGCAAAUGGAUCUUGAUGUUUGGUAUCGGCGUGUUUCUUUUCGGCUCCGUGCUCUGUGGUGCUUCCACGAGCAUGAUCAUGUUGAUUGUCGGAAGAGCUAUUGCUGGCAUUGGUGCUGCUGGCAUCUUUAGUAUGGUAUUCGUCAUCUUCUCCGAUCUGGUGCCAUUAGAGAAGAGAGGCACAUAUCAAGGUAUCAUCAAUGCUGUUUUCGCCUUGUCCAGUGUUUGUGGUCCACUCAUUGGCGGCUCCUUGACUGAUUAUGUGUCAUGGCGAUGGAAUUUCUACAUCAACCUUCCAAUUGGUGCAGUAGCCAUGCUUGUCUUGUUCUUCUUUUUGAGAUUGCCUACACCUCAUGGCAAAUUGAUGGACAAGUUGAAGCGCGUGGAUUACGCAGGAACUGUUAUUGUCUUGGCUUUUGCCACACUUUUCUUGUUGGCACUCAACUUUGGCGGUCAAGAAUUCCCUUGGAAUUCAGCUGCAGUCAUCGUGCCUCUGGUGCUCUCUAUUCUCUUAGUCGGCUUGUUGGUGCUUGUGGAAAAGAAGUUUGCCAAGGAGCCCAUCAUGCCUCCUCGACUCUUUACCAAUAGAUCGGUUGUCAGCGUCAUUUUGACCAAUUGGUUCUUUGGUAUGACAUUCUUCUCUGCUGUUUAUUACCUCCCCAUCUACUUUCAGGUCGUGAGAAAUGACUCUGCCAUGUGGUCCGGAAUCAGACUGAUCCCAAUGCAAAUGGUGCUGACGGUUCUCUCUACUAUUGUUGGUGUGACAAUCUCAAAGACGGGUGUAUACAGGCCUUUGAUCUGUGUUGGUAUGGCUCUGUUGACCAUGUGGAUUGGUCUCUUCAGCUUGUUCAACGAAUAUACUCCCUUCUCUGAAAUCUAUGGUAUCACUGUCAUUGGUGGUGCUGGUUUGGGCUGUCUCUUUUCAUCCACCAUCAUUGCACUCCAAGCAUCAGUGGAGCCCAAAGACAUUGCCGUUGUUACUGGUUUAGGUAAUUUCGCAAGAAUCUUGGGCGGUGCCUUGGGUGUUGCCAUUUCAUCAGCAGUCUUGAAUUCUCAAUUGACGCAAGAAUUGCCCAAAUACUUGCCCAUGGAGGAAGCUUCCAGGGUGAUACAGUCAUCCGAGUAUGUCAAUCAUGGUUUACCAGCCGAGUAUUUGGCAAUUACCCUGCAAGUCUAUGUUGAAUCACUCCGAUUGAUCUGGUAUGUCCUUAUUCCCAUGGCUGGCUUAGGGUUCAUAUCCUCUCUGUUUGUAAAACACCACUCGAUUCGUAGUCAUAAAAAAGCAGCCGAAAAGAAGGCAAAGGAGGAGGAGGAGACUGCCAAGGCUGUAGUGGUGGAUAUACCCACAAAUACAGUUACCACAGAGCAUGAGGAAACAAAGGAAAAAUAUCAAGUUGACCAGGUAGAAGAUCAACAAGUUGAGCAACAACUACAUCAAAAUACCAAAAAACACGAAGAGUCUGUAGUCUAA